AUUUUCAUCGACUCGAUCGGGGAGGGCCGACAAGCCGCCAGGUACGCCGUCCAUCACUCGCGCGCUCCGUCAAGUUCGACCCGCUAGUGACAGCCUCCCGUACGAUCACUCAACGACACACGGAUCGCCCGCCCGCGGGGGGCCGAAGCCAUUCAAGCUGGCGCGAGAGACGAAAUACGAUAUGAAUGGCUUCCAAAACGACGACGAGCGGCGGAGUAUCAUGUUGGACGGCGGGGCAGCCAAGACCAAGACCCCCCUGACGCGCUUGCUGCUGUGCACGACCGCUCUGUCGGCCGUCGGAGGUUUCCUGUUCGGCUACGACACGGGCGUCGUGUCCGGGGCCAUGAUACAGCUCCGGAGCCACUUCCAGCUCAACUACCUGUGGCAGGAGCUUGUGGUGUCCAUCACCAUCGCCGGGGCAUGGGCGUUCGCGAUCGUGGCAGGAGUCGCCACCGACGUCUUCGGUCGCAAGCCCGUCAUCCUGGCGGCUAGCCUCGUCUUCACCAUCGGAGCCGUGCUCAUGGGGGUCGCCUUCAACAAGGGAAUGCUUCUCGGCGGCAGACUCAUCGUAGGAGCUGGGAUCGGGCUGGCGUCGAUGACGGUGCCGGUGUACAUAGCGGAGGUGGCGCCGGCCGACAUGCGAGGCUUCCUGGUGUCCAUCAACCAGGUGUUCAUCACAGGCGGACAGUUUGUGGCCAGCGUCGUUGACGGACUCUUCAGCACCGACUCCGUCAACGGGUGGAGGUACAUGCUGGCCCUGGCAGGCGUGCCGUCGCUCAUCCAGCUGUUGGGCUUCUUGGCGAUGCCGGAGUCCCCGAGAUGGCUUGCUAGUAAGGGCGCUUACCAGGAAGCUGUCGAGGUGCUGCGCAGGUUCCGGGGACCCCACGCCAACAUCGAGCCCGAGUUCGAGGCCAUGAAGAACGGCUGCAUUGACGUAGAGCCUGUGGACGGACAGCCUGCGUCAUCAGCGCUGAUGCAGGUGCUGAAGACGGGACCUCUUCGCAUGGCGCUGCUGGUUGGCUGUGCUCUCAUGAUGUUUCAGCAGAUUGCAGGCAUUAAUACUGUCAUGUAUUAUGGCGCUACGAUCAUCCAAAUGUCAGGGGUGCACGACCCAUCGAAAGCCAUCUGGUUGGCCGCAGCGACGUCCUUCGUCAACUUUGCCAGCUCCUUCAUCGGCUUGGGUUUGGUGGAGAGGGUCGGACGCCGCGUGCUUGUCCUUGUCAGCUUGGCAGGGGUCAUAGCGAGCCUGUGCGUGCUGGCUGUCGGGUUCCAGAUGGCGGAGCUGCAUUCGGCGACCGCCCUUCCAGCUGGAGAAGGGCUGCUCACUGGUGUCUGCGCAAACUACAGCACCUGCGCUUCCUGCACGACCAAUCCCAGCUGCGGCUUCUGCUACCCGGGGAGUGCGGGGAGCUCCGCAAACGGCACCUGCCUUCCGAGCAGCCCCAGCAGCCUGGACGUUUCCUCGGUGGGCGAGUGCCGGGCCGGGAACGGCACGGGGACCGUGGCAACGCCGGGCUACGUCUGGGCGUUCGACUGGUGCCCGAGCCCAUACUGGUGGAUGACCAUCCUUGGACUCCUGCUCUACCUGCUCUCCUUCUCCCCCGGCCUGGGUGCCAUGCCGUGGACCAUCAACUCGGAGAUCUACCCUCUGUGGGCGCGUUCCACCUGCUUCUCCCUGGCCACCUCCAUCAACUGGGCCUUCAACCUCCUCGUGUCCAUGAGCUUCCUCACCCUCACCGACGCAAUCACCAAAUACGGGACCUUCUGGCUGUAUGCGGGGGUGUCUGCCCUUGGCUGGCUCUUCUUCUUCCUCUUCCUGCCGGAGAGCAAGGGCAAGUCCCUGGAGGAGGUGGAGGACCUGUUUGCCCACCCCUGGUGGAGCGACUCCACCACCCGGGACAACAAGAAGACCGUACAGUACGUCCACAUCCGGGGACUCAACCACGCUUACACCACCGACGAGGCCGACUCGGGCGAGGAAGAUCGCUGAUCCUUCCCUCGCUCCACCUGCAGGGUCGGCGACCCCGCCGGGACGCUUUCGCACGGGUGGGAAAGGCGCCACGGCCUCUCCCGCCGUCGUUUUUUCGGGGGUUGGGUAAAGGGGACACCAAGAAAGUUUCGAACGUUAUCUAAUUAACGCGUUUUAUGAUAACGAGGGUGAUCGGGACGUUAAGGUAGUUUUUCAGAAAUGUUUAGGGCGAAUGUAUUUUUUUCGAGGGAAACCGCUUUCAAAGAUUGACGUGUAGAAAGAGAGGGAACUUUUGCGUUGCUGUCUUCUUCGUCGCUCGUUGAAUAGGUCAACAACGAUGGACCGAUCUCACUAACCGAUCCACGCACGCGUGAUGUUGCCGUAACCGAAAUUCUUAGACCUAUCGGUUGACGAGCUUCGUGGAAGAGCGUCGUUCAAAAAUGGUCCUUCUCCUUUGCCCUUGCGUGAGCAAGUACGGGCGGACAGGGACUCCCCGUUGCCCGUGCUCCCACGGGCAACGGCGAAGGACCAUUUUCGGACGAUGCUCCUUUUGUACAAACUUGCUAUCUCUUAUAAAAAACGCUGUAGAAUCGCUUUCCACAGCAGGCAAUGUGCAUCCAAUGUUCCACCGAUUCCAUCGCUUCGUUCCAUACGGGCCGGGUCAAUAGCGUAGCGAGUACCACUAAGCAGAUGGAUGUUCUGGAUGCUUGUCAACCGACUUUGAUCUAGAAGCUUCGGACAUAGCUUCAGUCACAGGAAGCAUGAGACAGCUCGUGCCGUCUCGUGCUUUGCUUGUGCGAACCUACGGCGCACUUAUCGCAUUCGCAAAAAACGAAAAGUUGCCACGAUCUCUGCUGUCUGCGGCGACGUUAUGAAACUGGCCGGCGAGAUCGGUCUAUUACUUGACUGCGAUGACGUGGUCGAGCGAUUGCUGUAGAGCUCGGCGGAGAGCACGAGUUAGUGAUUGCUUUCGACGGUGUCCAAAGCAGCUCUCGAAAGUACUGGCUCAUGCCUCCGUAUGCAACAGAAUUCACUCCAGCCACCUUUUUGCGUCGUCUUCGCGUUUCGACGUGCCGCUACGCCAUCUACGGUUUUCCGAUGCUGCGGAGUCCGUUUCGGACACACGGCAGUAGCAGCAAUGCUGGCAGGGUACCGCCAGCAAACGUCUACUGCAGACUCCAAGUUUGAAAUUUUCUUCGGUGUCCCCUUUAACCCUCGGGUGUUAGGCUACCAACCCUGGCUCAGAAAUCGCUGGAUACCACCAAAGUACCAAAGCUCCGGAACUUCUCACGUCCUUGUGUCCUGGUGCUGAGUGCCGAGUUGCGACGGAACGCAGCUGCACUCCGGUGGCAUCCAGCGACUCUUUCCCGCGGUUGGCACACGGCGAGAAGCAACUCCUGCGGUUGCGGAGUCCUUGCACGCCGGUUUUUUCGCGUUAUUGUUGGCGAUUUUGUUUACACGAUUGUUGUAGAAGGAGUACAAGUGGUGCUGUAGGGAAGGAGGAUUUAAUUUGGAGGCCUCAAAGCGCCUCCGGGGGUGCUGCGAGAAUUCGGUUGUUUCGCGAUGUAGUGAAAUUUUUUCUUCUUUAUUUUAGUGAUUUUUGAUUUUGUGUAUAUAUGCGUUCUGUCUCGUGUCUCAUCUCUCUCGUCCCUAGCAUUUAAACGGAAUCAUCAUUCUUCACCUCAAUUUUUUUUAUAUUACGUGCGUCGUUAACCUCUAUUUCUACUCGUUUCCUCCCCCCUUACAUUUUUUGUUAAGAGGAAAGAGUACGGUAAAGCUGCGACAACUUUGGAGCACGCACGUUAAUGGCGUGACGCCGUCUUCUCUUUAUUUUUGGAGAUGUUCGUUCGAACAGCUUUCACCCUUCGAUCACAUGCCGCUUCCGAACGACCUCGCCGAGAUCGUUCGGGCCACGAUACAAUUGCCCCGAAUCCGACCAUGCUUUCAUCGUUUCUGGGGAGGCCGCACAAUGGGCUACACGGCCCGCCGAUCCCAAGAACACAAUCACUUUGAUCCACCGUCGCGUCUGCGGCGACGAGGCACCGUUUAGCGUCGCACCAUUCACCCACGUUCUAGUCACCGCCUGAGAGUGAAGGAGUGACAUUGCAAAUGUCAAUCUGUACUUGCUCGAGAAGCGUAACGCGGCUUCGACGGCUGUGCAGCUCGUGCCGCGUUACCUUCUCUAAUCUCGUCAUUCGACUGUUCGUUCUGAUUUUUUGUCCGCAACGUUUAUCGCAAGGCUUCGACUGGGGAUGUUCGUUUUGGCUCCAUUAAUAGCCCACCAUUAAGGGGGCCCGUUAAGGGCACCAUUAUUAAUCGCUUUUGAAAUCUCGUGGUCCUUUCUAACAAUGACGCACGUCACCCCGCCAUUUAGAAAUGUGCCCCUUUCUCGUCACUCGACCACAGUGGUCCCUGUCAGUACGCUAGUCGGCGAUUAAGUCCCAAGGAAGACGUGAAGGGCUGAGAUAGCUUCUCCCCAGCCACGUUGCAAUAGGAGGCAAGGACCAAUAGGAAUUCGCGUUUCCUUCGGCACGACUCGCCGUGUGUUGGAAACAUCGGGCGGACGCCCCUUUCUAGCCGCAGAAGUCUUAGCAAUACCUUGGCGUCAUACAGGGCAAACUCGUUUCCAUCUCGCAAACAUGCAGCGUUUGUUCAUUUCACGAGGGUUACGGUCGACAUUCCGUUUGAAUGGAUCGUGUUGUUUUGCCAUUUAUGACUUGUUUUUACGGUGUGGAGUUUACUAUUAUGUACAGUGUUUGUUUGGUUUACGAGGUUAAUGGUAGUCAUUCUGUUUCAGCGAAUUGUACAGUUUUGAUGUUUAUGACAUGUUUCUGCCAUGUUUACUGGUAGGAGGUCAGUCUGUGUUAAAUCACAUGCUUAUAUAAGGAGUCACUUACUCUUUUUUGUGAUAGAUAUUUCACUUAGAAACCGUGUCCCUUUGCAUUUUUGAUUUGGUGGCGGUCGCGGACCGAACGGAGGUAUUAUUUUCUUGUUACCGUUAUUGAUGCAAUACUGUGAAUAGACCAAUGCCUUGACGGCGAAACUUUGAAAGUAUAUAGCAAACAUAUUUUCCCAUAGUUGACUAGCACAAUGUUACACUCCGACACGCAUUGCCACCCACGAGCUAUAAUUUGCAGCAAUAACACCCGCAGGUCUGAGGCCGGUCUGUUCCAACAUUGUGCCAACAUUUGUUUUGUGUGCUUCUGGUAUCAUCAUGAGCUGAAAGAAAAAAAUGGCAGCUUCAUUGUUGUUUCGAAAGCCAAUGUCUGCUUUUUGCCUAGUAGUAGACUUACUUUUACCCAGAAGUGGAACUUGGGUUAGAAAAUUCCGAAAUGGCCGUCGUUAGUGCGACCGCCUCUGUCCUGUUUUAGAGCAGUCGUAAAGCCAACAUUCCGUAAGCGAAUUUUCGCACGUAAAAACAUUCCACUGCCGACUAGGUAAAUUAAACGUGUUACAAGACUUUCAUUAACGGGAUACAAACUAAACAUGAGUUAUCAUGUUAGAGGACAUUUUUAACAUGAAGAUGGAGACAAGAGUGGUGCCUCUGAAUUACAAGCAGAAAUAUAAAAUGUAGUUUGAUACCAACAACGAUAAGUCCCUUAUUUAGCACCUAAAAACCGUGGGAAAUGGCAACAGAAUUGCCCCAAUUGCAAUCCAGCGGUUCUAAAGCUUUUCAAUCUGAAGGGAACGCCCUUCUGCCUUGAAUGGCAUUGUUGCGGUAAAGCAGUACGGGAGGCUACAGACCUUGUAAACGGUAAGGGAGUGUUUGGCUCACUCAAGCCAAGUAUCAAUGAGUAUCAUUUGGCUCACUCAAGCCAAGUAUCAAUGAGUAGCCAAGUAUCAAUCUACGAUCUGCUAAAAUAGUGCUUAAACUUAAAGAGCGCCUUACUUAGGGGGCUGGGGUGAGAAAUUUGAGUGCUCUGCGAAGCUAUGACGGGGUGCUUUGGGGGGCCCGACACAGUUCCUAAGAGACCAGCUUGAGAACUUAUGCUUGGAUUCUGAUACUUUAAGACCCCGAGUCUGUAAAUAUUGUUACGGAAGAGAACAUUGGCCCGAUGUUGGCACAGUCUUGGCACAAUGUUGGCCGGCACGCCGACCUCCGCUUGAACGAGUGGACGCGUCUCCUAUGCACGCUGGCAACCAAGCGCAUCCUCUCAUAGCAGUUAGAUGCCUACUUUUGGCAACCCCGCAAUUCCCGGUCGGGCAUUCUUUGUGUUUUUACGAAAGGCAGGCUACAUCUAACCUAGUUGCGUGCGAGCUACUUUUGUUCAGAACCGUCGUCCAGUGUGCUGUGAUACCAUUUUGAAAAAAGAAAAAGACUGCGUCCUGCCUUUGCCGGCUCCUUUCUCGCUUUACGGAGACUACAGAGCGAUCAAAAGUGACGCGAACAAACCUGUGCACCGUCUCGAAACGGCUCGGGCUACGGCCGUUGGAGGGCGGCCGGUAGCCGGUCUCCCGGCGUACUUAGCAAGUAUGUUCAGCCAUCGCACGUUCCUUCGAGCAAUGUCAGGCACGCCUUUGUACUGACCGUUUUUUGGAGACUACAGAGUGGGCCGACGUCGUUCGAGUUGACCAAGUGCGGCGUCGAAGUGUCCGCAAAGUUUUCAAGGCUCGUCUCAAAGAUUUUAAAUUAACGCUUCUCUCCUUUCGCGGCCGACGUAUGUUUCCACAAGCCGAAACGGGUGCUGUUCAAGCGGCGCUUCGUUUCGCCGAGCAAACAAAGUGCGUCACCGGUCAUUCCAUACAAAGUAAGAAACACGCGUUAUUCGUCAUUCUCCGCAAACCGAUGCUUUGCAGGUUGACGCCACCAAAGUCAGUUAUAUAUAUAUAAUAUUAUAUACAUCCAUACUUGUAAUGUUGCACCUUUCUUCGAAGCUAUACAUGCUAGCACUCCGACAAAGGAUAAAACACUGUUUAGAUCGUACCGUUGUGACGUGAGUGCAGAGUUUUAUUGCCGGUUCGAAGGGCAUUCUUGUUUCGUGACCCUUCCAUACGUCUCUCUGUCUCGUGCAUGGUAAUAUGCGACAGACUGCGAGAGCGCGUUAUGCAAGAUGUGAGAAAUCCCUUUUUCAACAUUGAUUUUUUGGACACGUUGUUAUUGUAAUGCACUUGUGCAUGUGUUAGUUUGGUCCUGUUGAGAGGGGCACGGAGGUGUUCCGCCGCGGACGUGACAUACGCGCGCUCGGCGGAACGAUGUUAUGAUUGCUCGAGACGUUGGUAUGCCAAGAGGCUUUUAUUCUCUGCCCACGUCUUGGUGUGCAUUCGUGUAAAAAUAAAAAAAAUAAUAAACAGGCUUCCGCAAGUCAUUAAAGAAGCGGAAGUCAUCUGUACGUUGACAA